UACACCUCCAACGAGUGCCCUCUUCAACCCUCCACCAUGAGAGCUGUAUGGAGCGUUGCUCUCCUCAUAGCCUGCUUCAUCGGGACCAUCAAUGCUCAGGCUCAUAGCAGCCACAUCAACAGUAACCGAGGCAACAACAUCGAGAGCACCAAUAUUAAGCCACAGCCGCCCAAAGAAAAUGUCUUGGAUGAGCCUAUUAGUUUCAACACCAAAGCCAAAGACGCUUGUAGCAUGGUGAUCUCCGGCCAGAAUAACUCCACUAAGCUGCGUGUCUCCUGCAAGAACAAGGGCAAAACUUACUGGUGUGAUUUUCUGGGCAAACCUUACUUGUGUAAGGCAUACAACAACAACCCACUGCACUUCUUUACUCAGAUAAAGUGGGACAUGAGAAAGCUCCACAAUGCCUGCCAGGGACCACAGGUCUACAAGCCACAUAUGUGCCGCUCUGCUUCAGAUGAUGUCCAAAUGAUAUUCCAAUCCUCCUUUCCCAAAAUUUCCAACCUAAAGCCUACCCAAGCUCCUAAGAAGAGCCAUCAUAAGCUGCAGCAUCAGCCAAAACCCCAGCAACCAGCUAAAUCAGCAUCCAAACCAGUCAAGCCUGUUGUUUUGAAGCCUGCACCUCCACGUAAACCUGUCAAGACCAUCACACCAAGACCCACCGUGGCGCAAGGGGAAGACCAAUCCACCAAGCUGGCAGAGGAGUAUUGCUGGGAGAGUCUUCAGGGCGUCUGCUCCUACUUAAUAAGCUGGUUCCAGAAUUAA